AUGAAGUUCAUGAAAGUCGGCCGUGUGGCCAUCAUCACCCGUGGCCGUUACGCCGGUAAGAAGGUCGUCAUUGUCCAGCCUCAGGACUCUGGCUCCAAGGCCCACCCCUUCUCCUUCGCCAUCGUCGCCGGUGUCGAGCGCUACCCCUUGAAGGUCACCCGUCGCAUGGGUAGCAAGCUUGUCGCUCGCCGCUCCCGCAUCAAGCCCUUCAUCAAGGUUGUCAACUACAACCACCUGAUGCCCACCCGUUACACCCUUGAGCUUGAGGGCCUGAAGAACGUCAUCUCUCAGGACACCUUCAAGGAGGUUUCCCAGCGCGAGGAGGCCAAGAAGACCGUCAAGAAGGCCCUUGAGGACCGCUACACCUCCGGCAAGAACCGCUGGUUCUUCACUCCUCUGCGUUUCUAA